GACACAUUGAUUCACGCACUCGCUGAAGUAGCUACAGAAGAAAGGACAGCUCACAUUGAUUCACAUCUCGCCGAAGUAGCUACAGACUGAUCGACGUGGGAGAAGACCAUAUCCUAUGAGUACAGUUUUCAACAGAGGGUUCAUUUUUCUAGUGGACUCUACUCUUCAGCAAACAUAUCAGGCUGUCAAGUUCACAUCAUCAUAUUGAUCAUCAUAGUCCGGUUCUCUUUUGGACUGUUUGAGUCUUUAACAGUCUGACAAUCAUCAGUCACGAGAUUGGGUGAUCACGGUAAUCAGGAUGCCGGUCCAGCCAGAGAACCACCUUCCCAGGCCUCCUAGCCAAUCAGUGGUCCCUGCUCCUUCCUGCAUCUUUUCAGACAUCUUCUUCAUCUGAGUCAGAACCGCAUCCAGUCCCUCUCCAUCCCCCGUAGUGCUGGGAAUGUAAAUACAACACUGCUCCCCCAAUAUUACACAGACUCCGCCGCUGUACACAUUGGGCACGUGCAGUUUAACCUCUCCUGUUGUUUAUCCCACGGCUUCAUUUCUGGCCCCGUGAGGAAGGCCUCACAUUUACUCCACGUAUGUGGGUGUGGAACUAUAGGCUAAGGUUUUAUUGCAAAUCGAGGCCCACUACACACCAGACAGUCACCUGUGGGAUGGUGCGCCAGUGUUGUUUUGCUAACCCACCGGUACCAAUCACUGCUCGCAGCCGCUCUUUUAUGAUAAUCAGUGACCUGUUUUGGAAUGUUAUUAUGCACAGUAAGCCUAUUAUCAGCACUAUCCCCACAGCCAGCCCUGCAGCAACAACUUAAAGGUUGUUAAUUUCAUUUUAGCUAGUGGGCAGCAACUAAUCCCAAGAACUGUUGUUAUUUUCUUCACCGGGUUUGAGACGGAUGAUACCUGUUGUACUCAUCCCCCUUUGUAACCGGUCUUCAGUUCUUAGGUGUCUGCUUGUCCCUCUGUUACUGCCGUGUUUACCUUUUUACAGUCAGUGAGGUGCACCCAGGAGGAUCUUUCAGCAAUUCUUCCUGCUGUGGGCAUAGUCAACAGCACCUGAUAUGGUCCUUUCCACCAGGGCGACGUCCAGAUUUUCUUCUUGAUGUCUUACCACCACCCAGUCUCCUGCUCUCACCACUGGAUCGUCUUCUGGUUCUACUGGCUUCUGUGGGGGCUAAGACAGAACUGAUAACAGUUUUUUGUUCCAAAAUUGCCCUCAUGUGGUCUACCAGGGUCUGGUCAUCUGCUGGUUUCAUUAUCUUUCCAAAUAUGGGCAUAACAUAUGGUUUCCCAUAUACUCUCUCGAAUGGGGAGAGACCUCUCUGUCUCAUGCUUAAUACUACCAGAGGGAGACAGUGAGUCCAAUUAUUUCCCGUCUCUUGUUCCCCAGUCUAGGUUUUUUCAAGAGUAGGCCCUAUUGAAACCGCUGAUGCAACAACAACCAAUAGUCUGAAAAAUGAAAUUGAUGUGGCCAAAUCCAUGUUGCUCAAGAAGUUGUCAACAGUGUGUCGACAUAUACAGGGCUAUAAGGAAGCCUUUCCAGAGCUACAUGCAGUGUAUGCAACUGCACUGGUGAUUGGAGUAUCCUCAGCAUGAUGUGAGAGUUCUUUCUCCACUCUGUCACGUGUCCUAACACCCUUCCGCCACACAAUGCUGCAUGACAGAAAAAGGAAUUUGGUGAUUCUGGCACAUGAAAAAUUUAUCACCAAGAGUAUUGAUUUGGAUGAGUUUGUUUGGGCUUUUAUGAAAACAAACAGAAGACUCAUGCUUUGAGGCAAUUACUUUGUGUUUUGCAGUGGGAAUAGCUAGGCCUUUUUUUCUUUUAACCAUAUUGUUAGAAAUCUCGUGGCAGCACGGAUGGUGCAGUGGGUAGCACUGCCGCCUCACAGCAAGGAGGUCCUGGGUUCGAAUCCCCGUCGGCCGGGGCCUCUCUGUGCGGAGUUUGCAUGUUCUCCCCGUGUCUGCGUGGGUUUCCUCCGGGUACUCCGGUUUCCUCCCACAGUCCAAAGACAUGCACGUUAGGCUGAUUGGAGAGUCUAAAUUGCCUGUAGGUAUGAGUGUAUGAGUGUAUGAGUGUAUGAGUGUGUGAGUGAAUGGUGUGUGUGCCCUGAGAUAGACUGGCGACCUGUCCAGGGUGUAUUCCUGUCUUUUGCCCAAUGUAUGCUGGGAUAGGCUCCAGCCCCCCUGCGACCCUGAUCAGGAUAAGCGGGUUCAGAUAAUGGAUGGAUGUUAGAAAUCUCCAACCGUUUUAACAGAAACCAUAGCCCACAAAUCUUUUUUAUUUGAUAUUUUUUUACAUUACCUUUGUUUGUAAAGUGCUUGCUGCUUUAUUUCUUGAAACAGUCCUGAGAUUCGGUGUAGUGGUGGUUCAGCGUAAUCACUGAAUGGGUGAUGUAGGCAACCGUAAGCUCCAUGUUUGGGACAAAUACUUUUUUUUUUUGAUUUAGCUAAAGAGCAAACUCAGCUUUUAUUUAAAGGGAUAACCUUAUUUCACUUUGGUACAACAUAAUUAAUUUUGUGGAGCUUACCCCAUUUUUUUUGCAUAAAGCAGCUGUCAUUUGCCAGGGUGGUAUACAAUAGUUAACUCUGCUGUUAGCCUUCUACUUUUGCAUAAUAUAUAAGACUGUUUUAAUACUUCAAAUGGGUGGGUUUCCUCCGGUUUUCUCCCACAGUCCAAAGACAUGCAGGUUAGGCUGAUUGGAGAGUCUAAAUUGCCCUUGGCUAUAAGUGUGUGAGUGAAUGGUGUGUGUGUGCCCUGCGAUGGAGUGGCGACCUGUCCAGGGUGUAUUCCUGCCUUUCACCCAAUGUAUGCUGGGAUAGGCUCCAGCCCCCCUGCGAACCUGUUCAGGAUAAGCGGGUUAGGAUAAUGAAUGGAUGAAGGUUUCUGCCCACUUCUGGAAUUUGUUUAAAUCUUCUUGGAUUACCUUAGUAGCUUCCAGACAGUUGGCUAAACCCCCCAGUUUUGUAUCAUCCGCAAAUUUAACUUGUACAUUCAAUAUCUGCGUCUAGGUCAUUUAUGUAAAUGAGGAAGAGCAGUGGACCUGGAACCGAACCCUGUGGAACUCCACUUCCCACUUCACCCUGCUCAGAUAAGAUCCCUCCUACUACUACCCUUUGUGUUCUAUCCUGUAACCAGUUCUGAACACACUGUGAAAUGCAUCCUGUAAUUCCUACUGACCUCAUUUUGAAAAUGAGUUUGUCAUGUGGUACCUUGUCAAAUGCUUUUAUGAAGUAUAUAAUAUCAUAGGCCUUGCUCCCAUCUAGACACAUGUGCAUGUGGUUGCAAGGAUACACACAUGCACAUGCACACACAAAUAUAAACAAACGAGGGGAAAAGGCCUGGGAACUGUAUGGCACACACAGUGCCCUAAAUAAAAAGGUGCCCCCCACCCCACUGAAUUUCUGUUGUUAGAACACCUCAGCAGGAACAUGAUCAGUUCACUAUAACUAAGAUGUUGAGAUCAGAUCAGACAUAUUUCCGAAAAUAGAGCGAUGCAAGUAUUUCAUAUUCAGACUUCUACUGUUGCCUAUUUCUAACAAAGAACUCUAUAAACGUAUCAUAGCCUUUGUAUGUAAACGUCACUACAGAAACUUAAUUUUAUUAUGAUUAUUAGGAAGCAGGUUUUUUGAUAAUCAAAUGUUUUUUUAUUCAGCAAAAAUACUGAAACAUCUUUACCCAACAUUCCAACCCUUAACAAAUUUUAAGACACGCCUUUCUCGCGUUUGCACAGGUGGACUUUUAUUUUGAAUCUGAUUCUGCCUUAUUACUCUUGCUCACCAUAACUCAUUUAACGGUACUGUCUGUCAUGAUUACGAAUGUAUGAGCAUCUAGAUUAAAUGGUUUCAAACUGAAAUGAAUACUGGUGUCUGGAAACUCAGAUUAGAUACUCGUUUCACUUUUUGAAUUAAUGUGGUGUAUUGGAUUGAAGGCUAUAAGAGUCAAUCAGACUCCACAGAAGAAGAGAUAGCGGCUAUUUUUUAAAUUGUGAGGGCACACGUUGAAAAUGAAUGUCUGAAGAUGUCAAAUUUCAUCGCAUCAGAAUUUGACGUUGUGACAGAUUCAUUUUCUUCGUCUAAAGAGGUGCAUUAUUGCCCUUUUAACACGCCAUUUUCUGCCGUCUACUUUUACAGUCUAUGGCACAAAAUGACGUUUUAGCAACGUUGGCGUCCAUACGUCAGAAACUUCGCGCCACCGACUUGAUGCCGUGCAGCCAAUGGCAGGAUGUUCAUGCAAAUACGGUCCGGCUGUCCAAAUUUAACCCGCCCUCAAUGGCGUAUCUGAUUGGUAAACGAUGGAUAUACUUCCUGAUAUCCGCGUCUUCCUUUCGGCACAUAUACAGAAAAAGUACCGCCUUCCCUGUAUAACCAAUGAGAGCUUUAAAAAAACAACACGCCAAUGUAAAAUAGAUAGUUUAGAGGCGGGGACUUGCGUAAGGGAGGGAUAAGAAUUUGGCGGCAGUUUUUAGUGGGUAUCUGGAGACCGCGAGAGAGAUAUAGUUAUCGUCGAAAGAAACAACGGGUCGGCACAUUUGUGUUUCUUCAGUUCCGGAAGUCAAGCCCAAGCAAGAUGCCUAGCACCCGCUCUCAGAGCCAGCCCACUCUGCCGUUCCCGAAGCGGAAAUCUGCCUGCUCCAGAUCUCAGGAGACGACUCGGCCAAAGCAGGGAUCUCUAUGUUCACCGGACCCUAAAACUACCAGCAAGAUCCAGUUGCAGUGCCUGUCUACCAGAUCUGCUGCCCUGAACCCCAAGUGUGCCCCAGAGCCCCAUAGGGCAGCCGUUCAACCAUUAAGUCCUCGUAAGCGUAUAGGAGAUGAGAAUGGAUGCAAUCUUCCCUCUACCCUCCUGGGCUCACCCCCGAAGCAGAGAUUCCCUGAGUUGUCCUCACCCCGUAAGCUGAACUUUGAUGAGAACACCCCCAUUUUGUCACACAUGCACAAGGAGUCGACCUUCCCAAAGCACCCCCUUGUAGAUGUGGCCUCUCCGAAUGCCCACUCCACCAUCCACCAGCCUCAAGAUACUUGUUCAAGCUCCUCUGCCCAUUCAGAGAAAAAGGCUGUGGUUCAGCUGCACUCUGGGGAAGAAUCUCGUUACCACAGUGUGAAGCAGGCACUCCACACAGCUCUUCCUGAACAGCUGUUGUCCAGGGACAAGGAGCGUGCUUCCAUUCGCUCCUUUCUGACUGACAAGGUGAAGCUGGGUCUUCCUGCCAGCCUCUACAUAUCUGGAGCUCCAGGAACAGGAAAGACCGCCUGCCUUAACUGCAUACUGCAGGAGAUGGAGGAUCAGUUGCAGUCUGUACAAAAGGUGAUCAUCAACUGCAUGAGGCUACGCAGCUCCCAGUCCAUUUUCCCCCUGCUGGUUGAGCGACUAGGUGCCUCCAGGGGCCACAGUGUUCGGUCUUUGGAUAACCUACUUACGACCACAGGGCCCACAGUUCUGUUGGUUCUGGAUGAGAUGGAUCAGCUGGACAGUAAAGCCCAAGAUGUCCUGUACACCAUCUUUGAAUGGCCGUACCUCCCUAAAUCUCGCCUUUGCCUGAUUGGUAUCGCCAAUGCUCUUGACCUUACAGACCGCAUUCUGCCCCGGCUGCAGUCACGACCUCACUGUCGUCCCAUGUUGCUCCACUUCCCUCCCUAUAGCAGGCAGGAGCUCACAGCCAUCAUGCAAGAUCGUCUUGCACAGGUGUCAGGGGAGGUGGUCUUGGAUGCAGCCGCAGUGCAGUUUUGUGCCAGAAAGGUGUCUGCGAUGUCAGGAGAUGCUCGCAAAGCUCUGGAUAUCUGCAGGAGAGCGGUGGAAAUCGUGGAGUCUGAUGCAAGGAAGAGGAAGCUGAAUCUGGCCUCUGACACCAAAGGGUCCUAUGUGAGUGUCCCCCAGGUGGCAAGGGUUCUUUCUGAGGUUUAUGGGGACCGCAUGGCCACUGGAGGCGGGGAGGAAGAAAGCUUCCCCCUCCAACAGAAGCUCCUGGUCUGCUGCUUGCUGUUGCUGACGAGGCAAGGGAAGAGCCGCGAGAUCCCUCUAGGCAAGUUACACGAAGUGUACAGUCGCUUAUGUAUCCAGAGGCAGGUGGCAGGUGUGGGCCAAGGGGAGUGCUUGUCCCUCUGUAGUCUGCUGGAGAGUCGAGGCAUCUUCUCCAUGAAGAAGGCCAAGGAGGCACGUCUUAUCAAGGUGUGUCUGAAGAUUGAGGAGAGGGAUGUCGAGAAUGCUCUGAAGGACCGUACCCUCCUGGGCAGUAUCCUCUCCACUGGUCUGCCAUGAUGUCUCUCCUUCCCAUUAUGAUGUGGCAUCUAUUGUUGUCCUUCCACAGAACCCUUAGAGUAUUUAUAAGUUGGUAAAUGAUGAAGCUGUUGCAGACUCAUGUUGGUGACUUAAUUCUUAAAGCAUAUGUAUAUAAAUUUUCUUUCCAAAAAGGUGACUACACUUACCUGAGAUCAUUUAGCCAUUUGAAUGUAUAUUAAUUGGUUGUCUGUAGUGGUCUUGCUGUAAUAUUGCUGUUAAAUAUUUUGGACGAGUAGCUGGUACACAGUGGAACACUACUAAUAUUUUUGGUUCAUGGCUUGGACAGUUUUUACAUUUUUAUCCAUAGCAUAAGUAUAAUGUUUCUGUGCAGAUUUAUUUUUAUUUAAGUUUUCUAAAAUGCGUGUGUAUUUUUUAUUUUUUAAAAUAAAUGUAUAGAUAUGCUUUCUUCUCUUA